AGCCGGACCUGGCCUGAGCAGAGCAGAGCAGGGCAGGGCGGGCGGCACUCCAAAGCCGCGCUUCUCUGGGGGUGCGGAACCGGUGCAAUCAUGCAGGCAGGCUCCAAACAGGCGGCGCAGGCGGCGGCGCAAGAGCUGCUGAAGUUUGUGAAUCGGAGCCCGUCCCCUUACCAUGUGGUUGCUGAGUGUCGAAAUCGCCUUCUUCAGGCUGGUUUUCAGGAAUUAAAGGAAACUGAACACUGGGAUAUCCAGCCUGACCGAAAGUACUUUGUCACCAGGAACUUUUCAACACUGAUUGCUUUUGCUGUGGGAGGCCAGUACCAGCCAGGCAAUGGCUUCAGCUUGAUUGGUGCCCAUACAGACAGUCCAUGCUUGAGAGUGAAGCGUCGCUCAAAGUGUCAGCAGGAGGGCACAAUCCAGGUGGGUGUAGAGACCUAUGGAGGUGGUAUCUGGAACACCUGGUUUGAUCGGGACCUCACUGUUGCUGGAAGAGUCAUUGUUAAGGACCUGGCUACAGGGCGGCUGGAGCAGCAACUGGUGAAGGUGGAGCGCCCCAUUCUCCGUAUCCCACAUUUGGCCAUCCAUCUCCAACGCAACAUAAACGAGAGCUUUGGGCCAAACACUGAGAACCACCUAGUCCCAAUUCUGGCUACAGAAGCUCAGGAGGUGCUAGAGAAGGCGGCGAACAAAACCGGGUCUGCUUGUACCUCUGCUGUCCAGAAGAAUUGGCAUUCUCCAGCACUGCUGUCCCUUCUCUGCUCCCAGCUGGAAGUGAAACCUGAGCAGGUGGUUGAAUUAGAACUCUGCCUGGUGGAUACACAGCCUCCAACCCUUGGUGGCGUCUUCAGUGAGUUCAUAUUCUCCCCUCGACUGGACAACCUCCACAGCUGUUACUGUGCCUUGCAGGCACUGAUUGAAUCCAGUGAAGGGCCUGGAGCUCUUUCCAAAGAGCCUAAUGUGCGCUUGGUUGCAUUAUAUGACAAUGAAGAGGUGGGUUCAGAAACUGCUCAAGGUGCCAUGUCCCUGCUUACUGAACUUGUACUUCGACGGAUCUCAGCUUCACCACAGAAUUUGACUGCAUUUGAGGAAGCCGUUCCCAAGUCCUGCAUGAUCAGCGCAGACAUGGCCCAUGCCGUGCAUCCCAAUUAUGCGGACAAACAUGAGAAGAACCAUCGACCAGAGUUCCACAAGGGCCCCUCUAUCAAAGUGAACAAUAACCAACGGUAUGCAUCCACUGCUGUCACAGAGGCACUGAUCCGUGAGAUUGCCAGCCGUGUAGAUGUUCCCCUGCAAGAAUACAUGGUUCGGAAUGAUUCUCCGUGCGGUACAACCAUUGGACCCAUCUUGGCCUCCAGGCUUGGCUUGCGUGUUGUGGAUAUGGGCUGCCCGCAGCUAGCCAUGCACUCCAUUCGUGAGAUGUGCUGCACCUCAGGUGUCCUGCAGUCCAUUACACUUUUCAAGGGCUUCUUCGAGCUGUUUCCCACACUGGAUCACGGAUUGCUGAGCAACUGAAGGGCAUCUAAAAUGCAGAAGGAAGCAAAGCAGCUCUCUUCUUUUCUUCCUGUACUGGAUAGCAAUUAAAACACAUUAAUAUCUUA